AUGGCGGCGGCAGCAGUAGACGCCACCCGCAGCACGACCUCGUCGGCAGGAGGCGGCGCGGGCGCCUACGAAACGCGCAAGGCCGUGGAGGAGUACCUGCAAUUCCACUUUGGCCAGCCAGACGAGGUCAUGCCCUACAAUGUGGGACCCAAGGCGGGGCUACCCAUGCAUGUCCUCGCCCGCGCCCCAUGCUGCCAAGCUGCCCGCCCGCCAGCAGGCGAGGCCGGCGAGGCGACGGCGCUGGACGUCGGCUGCGCCGUGGGCGGCGCCUCCUUUGCCCUCGCCCGCGCCUUCCCGCACGUGCUGGGAAUCGACUUCUCCCAGCACUUUGUGGACGCAGCCAACACGAUGAAGGAGCGGGGGUGGAUGCGGUACACGGCGGCAGAGGAGGGGGAGCUGACUGCAGAGCGUGUGGCGGCGGUGCCCGAAGACGUGGACCGCUCGCGCGUGCGCUUCCAGCAGGCAAGGCGCGCGCUGUGUUGGAGGGGCGACGCGUGCAGCCUGCCGGCGCAGCUGGGCCCAGUAGAUGCAGUGCUUGCCGCAAACCUGCUGUGCCGGCUACCUGAGCCCACCACCUUCCUGGCCCGCCUGCCCUCCCUCAUCAAGCCUGGCGGGGUGCUGGUGCUGGUGAGCCCCUACAGCUGGCUGCCGGCCUGGACGGCGCGGGAAAAGUGGCUGGGAGGAUUCAAGGACCAGGCGCGCCUGCUGCCCUCGGUGUGGACGGCCGAUUCACUCAAGCAGCUGGUGGGAGACCACUUUUCGCUGGUGGAGGAGAGGGAGGUGCCGUUUGUGAUCCGGGAGCACCGGCGCAAGUUCCAGUGGGGAGUGUCGCACGCGAUGGUGUGGCGCCGCAAGUAG